AUUGUUUAUUUUUUUUGAUUGUUUACUUUUUCUAAUGGGAUCAUAGUGGGACAUUGCCGAUUAAUUAUAGCAUAAUAAUUUGUUUAUAACACAGUGAACAACUCAUAGGUUUUUUAGUUAUUUGUGAGAGAAAUAGCCAUGUCCUCAGAUAAUAAUUUUUUUGUAAAUGUUUCUGGCACUUCCUAGCUACAUUUAAAAACUGACAAAUUUGGGGUGACUUUUGGUUAGAAAUACUCCUCAUGAUGCACGGCUUUGGCGACUGCCAUUCGCCUGAGCACGCGUCUGCCUGCUUGAUCGAGAACAUCGUGAGCAAGCAGCUUCACCAGAUCUUGACGUGCGCCGCGCAGGUGUGCGAGAGAAGGGGUGCCAAGACCAUCGCACCAGAAGACAUUGUGUUCCUGUUGAGGAGAGACAGAGUGAGAAUGAACAGGCUGCUUAGAUACCUGGAUGUGAAGGACAUGAAGUGCAAACUGGCCCACACUGCCUCGGUCACGACUGGGAUUGAAGAGGCCCUCCCAGAGACUCCGGUGAAGAAGCAUCGCAAGGCGUUGAUGGAAUACUUGGAGUCCAUCGACGUCACAGGCGAGCUUACCGACAAGAGUCACAGACCAUUCGACGUGGUGAAGCACGAACGCAACGUGCGUGCUGAUAGGAUGUCGAAAAGGAUGACGGAGGCCAAAUAUGUGGAAUUUUCUGCAGCACGAGCAACAUCGUUCAUUUAUUCACGAAACAGUGACAAAUUUAAUGACUGGCUGAAAAAAAUUUGGGACACCACAGACGCACCGAAAAUCCAUGCUAAAUCUAAUGAGUUUCUUGCGUACCUGGCCCGUGAGACGGUAGCCGAAGUUAUAGAUAUGGUUCUACUCAACAGGAAACCAAACUACCCGUUCAACUGGCAGAUACCGUUGUCAUGCACCAACGAUGCAGCUGUUAGGGCUCUGCACUCUGGUUUCGGGAACCCCCGGGUUGUAGCUGAAGAACCACCUCCUAUACAGCCUAAGGAAAUUAGGGAAGCAAUGCGAAAAUUCUCAUCUUCCAAAGUGAACCCUUUGUCUUUUUUCUCGGGUAGUUUAUCGUCUGAUGUGCCUUUUUCCAAAACUUUAUUAACGUGUUGAACGUGAAGAAGCUGGGGAGAAUGGAGAUUGGGCAUGAAGUAUUGGUAGGUGGCUGAAUCGUGGCACUUUAUUGGUCAACAAGUCUUGUGCACAGUGCUGUUUCUGGAGUUAUCAGAGAGAGUGGAAGGCAACCUCUGUGAUUCGAUCAGUCCUACCAUCCUCAGAGGGUUGGUUUAUGAAGUGUACAUACCACAUGCUGCACAUGUGAACAGUAAUGAGGACAACUUAAUUUUAAUCCACAGUGCAAAAUUGCAUCAGCUUUGAUGGUGUAGGAUUUCCCAGUAGAUAGCAUUACACGUAAAAAUCCUUGGGAGACAACUAAUUUUCAAGGAGAAAGGAAUCUAUUUCGGACAAACAAACUGUAACUGAACUUUCUCGCUGAUGCUGGAUUAAACUGGUUUCAGGUAGCAUAGGUGUGCAAUGUGGCUGUUGCUAUGAAGCAAAUUAUUUUAAGGUUCAGUAUUGCAUUAAUUCACGUUAUUUGAAUGAAAUUUAUUUCACAUGUAGACAGACAUUUAGGGUUUUGUGUGUCACUAAAAAUUGUUUAAAAUAAACUAUGUGAAAACAUCUAGAGAAGGUUUUGUUUAAAUAAUAAGAUGUGGUCUAUGUAUGAGUUAUUGUUGAAUGGUGAGCUCGAUUCAUGCUGUCACCUGGCUUGUGCUGUAUAGAAGAGAAAACCAUCUAGCACCAUUCUGCAUGAAAGAACAGCAAAUUGGCAGUGAAUGGACUUGCGGGAGAGCAGGAGGCGGUUGGCAUAGUUGGGGGUUUGGGCCAUUUCAGUAGUUUGGGAAGCAGGGAGUGAGACUUCUUGACACAAGUCAGCAAGGGUGUAGAGAUCUUUCUCCUGGCUCUUGGCAGUACUUCAGUGUUGGAAAAGUUCGUAGGUGUGUGAAAAGAAAGGCGUGGAUACUGAUGUAUAGUGUUUUAUCUGCAAAUACAUUUCUCGUGGCACAAA